AUGUCUCCGAGUCUGUUAGCAAAGGGGAUAAGUUUUGUUUUCUUUCUGGCAUUUGGAUCUCUCUAUAUCCAACUUCCAGGACUCAUCGGUGAUGAUGGCGUUGCGCCGGUCAGGCUCUUAAAUUUGAAUAUGCCAAAAACACUCGAUGACUUCUUUCUUGGCAUUCCUUCAAUUGUCAGGUAUCGCUCUAGUAUUCAACUAAGCGAGUAUCAUGCUACCGAGUUUCUUGUUGUCUUUGGACUGGUUCUUGCUUUCCUGUCUACGGUUGUCUCCGCAUUCUGUAACUCCUUUACAAUGCUCCUGCAAUGGGUGCUUUAUGUCUCUGUUGUGAUGGUUUGUCCAAGUUUGACUGAGUGGAAAUGGACUUCCCUUCUCAUUGAAUCUGGUUUCCUUUGCUUCCUAUACCUAUUUUCCCUUCGAAGAAAUUCUUUAUCUUCCUCAAUAGUAGCAUUAUGGCUGUUUAAAUGGCUUCUUUUCCGUGAAUCAAUUUCAAGCGGAUUCGCUGCUCUCUCCGAUUCCAAUUUUCCACGACAUGAUCUAUCUGCUAUGAAUACUUUUUUCUUACCUCGUAUUUCGCCAACUUAUGCUUCUUGGUAUCUACCACUUCUACCAAAUUCGAUUCUCCGUGCUCUUACGAUGUUAAUCAUUUCCAUGAAAAUCUUCGUACCAUUCCUAUACUUUAUGCCUAUCUGCGAAAUUAAGUACUUCGUUUUUUUUGCCAACUUCAUCUAUCAUGCUAACUUUGUUAUGGUUGAUAACGACAAUAUUUACAGCAUUCUGCUCUUGGUUUUGAGCCUUGCUCUUCUUCCACAACCAAAGAGAAGAUCUAAGAAAAGAUCUACUCUUCGCAAACUCGUUGCCGCUGCUCUUUCUUUGGCAGUUAUUUCAGUGAUGGUCUAUGUGAUUUAUAUUUUCUUUGGUCUUGAAAAAGGUGUCGAACAGGCUCGAUUAACUUUUCCACAAAGUCUUCUGAUUUCCCAUGGAAAGACGGCUAUUACAUACAUCAUUCCAGUUGCAUGCGCUCUGUUCGUUCUCAGUGUCAUUCUUGCUCUUGGCAGGGCACUCAGCGCUAAUAGUUACCAGAAAAAAAUGAAAGAUUUUUGCAGUGUUAUUAUUGUCACCCUCCUGGGUACUGGUCUUUUCCUCGGUUCUUUGCCUCCGUUCGUUGGUAUUGUGGAUUCCGGUAGUGUUGUUCAAUUGCCUCCCAUUGCUCAUGAGCUCUCAGAAACUCUUAAACCCUUCUGUCUAUCAAAUGACUAUCGUUUCUUCAACCGAAAAGGCGGGGAUGCUUUGAUGAAGCCUAGUGAGCACCGCACAACUCUUGUUUUGGAGAGUGCUGUUGACGAGAAAGGACCUUGGAAAGAAGUUGCUUUCCAUCAUAUUCCAAGUCUUGUUGAAAAAGCGCCGACCUUCAUUCCCGGCCACUUUCCCAUACUGGACUAUGAAGUUGCAUUAAGUGGGGACAAAUCAUUCGAGAACUCACCUAUUUUGGCAACUCUUGUCUAUCGACUCUUAACCGGCCAAAAGGAAGUCCUUCCUCUUAUCGCUCACACCGGUAUAUCAACUGGCAUAAAGUACAUUCAAAUUAAGAAAUACGACUAUAAAAUGGUUGCAAGCCCCUCAAACGUAUGGUGGACGCGUACCCUUAGGAAAAUCUAUCUCCCACCAACCGAUGUUUCCAGUCAGCGUUUAACUCAACUGAUGUUCAAGCUCGGUAUUGCUGGAAAACGACGAUCGAGACCCAUUGAUCCCAAUACCAUAUCAACCACGUUAGAUAAACUUCGCAAGUUUGUCGGUCAACCAUCAAAUUUGAAUAGUUUCUACGUUGUUUUGGCAGUAGUUAUGGUCUUGAACAAACUUUUCAUUUAA